AUGAGUACAUCCGUCAUGGAGAAGGAGCUGACGUGUUCCAUUUGCACCGACCUCCUCUACGACCCAGUAACAUUCCUCGACUGCUUGCACACGAACUGCGGUUCCUGCGCCAAAGCAUGGUUCCAGUCAUUAAGUAAUAACGCUGCCAAUGCUCCGGUAGCAUCCUCCAGCGCCGCUCCAAAUGUCGCGAAAUAUACCUGCCCAGUGUGCCGGGCCACAGUCCGGGCUACAAAGCACAACCCUACACUCCAAUCCCUUAUAGAGGACUUUGUCGCGAGGAACCCGGACAAGGACCGCACAAAGGAAGAAAAGGAAGCAGUGCGGAAGAUAUACACUCCUGGAAGCGGAGUUCUUCCUGGCGAAACCUCAAGCUCAAGUUCUAUUCACCCUCCAGCUCCUCCUGUUGCGCUUCCACCCCGCCGCCAAGCCCCCACGAACGUAAACCCUUGGGGUACACCGCCCCGCCCUCAGAACCCCCGCAUUCAACCCCCUCCCCAGGCCAGAGAGGCAAGGCGGGGAUCGCUCCCGGGAUCAUCGCCCCCGCCGUUUCUUGAAACGGAUCGACUUUGCUACACGCUGCUGCUGCUCGCAAUGCAAUAUAUUAACCUGUUGCGCUUGCGCCAGAGAAGGACAUUGCUGUCGGGAACCGAAUACGAACCAUUCUCUCAUCGUACACAAGCUCCAAUUGAACCCUCGGCACAUCCAGAGCGGCUGGUUCUGCGACGUCUGCGAGACCUGGUGCGACAAUAG